UACACGAUCCAGUAGCACAGCGCGACUUUUUGAUCGCGGGACUAGCCUGCCAGCGAUCGAGUCUCAAGUCUCAACUCGAGAGACAUCAUGAGCAAGAGGGGCAGGGAUGUGUGGGACAUGGAGCUGGGCAGCCUUGACACGGCCCGCGUGCUCAUGCUCCUCGCGCAGCAGCACCAGCACCACCACCGCGGCGUCGCCGGGGCAGCGCAGGCGAUGGGCGGCGGCCGCGUGUUCGAGUGCAAGACGUGCAACCGGCAGUUCCCCACGUUCCAGGCGCUCGGGGGGCACCGCGCCAGCCACAAGCGCCCCAAGCUGCAGCACCCGCAGCUGCACGCGGUUGGCAACGCCGACGACGGCGCGGCGCUCUGCCUCGGCCGCCAGAUGCCCCCGGUGCCGCCAAGGCCGAGGGUGCACGUGUGCCCCGUCUGCGGGCUCCAGUUCGCCGUCGGCCAGGCGCUGGGUGGGCACAUGCGCCGGCACCGUGUUGAGGCCGAGGCCGCGGCCACAUGCGCCGGCGGGAUCUGCCUGGGCCUGAACCUGACGCCUUCGGAGAACUGCGCCAAGUGUAGGAGCGUGGCGGGGCUCGGCGCUGCUACCGGGCAGGGUGUACAUAAGGCGCUGAGCGGGCACAUGCGCCGGCACACCGCCGAUGCCGAGGCCCACGAGCCGAGCGAGAAGGAAUGUUUGGAUAAGUUGGGAAAAAGAUAA